AAAUUAGAUAAACUCAGCAUGGAUUCAACUAAAGAUAGAGUAGAAGGAACAAGAGCCACAGUUAUCGAAAUCAUUGGAAGAACAGGUAUCCAUCAAUUAUAUAUUAUGCAGGUUCCAGAGGUGGCAUUACAUAAGUUAAGGUUCAAUUGGUUGGCCAAUAAAGAACCCUCAUUAGAAAUGUUAUGGGACCAGUCAGAAAAGGUGAUACUCUAGAACUCAUGGAAUGCGAAAGAGAAGCCAGAAGAUUAAGAUGAAAUAAGUACAUUACAUAUACAAUUUGCCAUAUAUUUAAUUAUUUUUUAAUGCAAA